AUGUCAGAUAACAUUCAUAAACCAGGGCACAUUGUUUGUUACAGGUGUAUUAAACAAACUACUGAUGUUGGGCUAGGGCAAUCCACAUGCGUAGGCAUUAGUAAUAGUGGGGAUCCUUUUAAUGGGACCAACUUUGUUGACUGCAUGAGAAAAUUCAUUUGUGAUCCUCAUCGUUUCUAUUUAUCAAGUGAUAGAAAAAUGGGUUUCAAAAUUGAGCAAUUCAACUAUCUAAAUUGCCAACAGAGUUGUGGAUGGAAGUGGUUUACAUCAGUUGUGGUCACCUACGAAAAUGCAAUCCGUUUUCCGAAUAAAAAAAAAAAAAUCACGAUUUUCGGUUCAACCCCAUCGCCAAA